AUGUUCCGCGCCAUUCUCUUACUACCAAUUAUCAGCGUGUUCAAUGCGAACGCGCACAAUGCGGUGCAGAUUAACAACGGGCUCGUCGCCGAGCCCGAAGUGGUCUGCGAAUCCAAUGCCAUUUCUCUCAUCUUCAAGACCAAAAACCCAUUUCAUGGGAAAAUGUUUGUGAAGGGGUAUGUCUCGGAUUCAGGAUGUGUUGGAAUUGGAGAUGGCAAAAUGUCGCACCGAUUCGAUGUGUUACACGAUUCUUGUGGUGUUCGAAGGCAAAGAGAAAUAAAUGGUGUUGUAAUCUCAGCUACAGUCAUUAUCUCAUUCCAUUCGAUCUUCAUAACGAAAAUCGAUCGAGCUUAUCGGGUUAGUUGCUUCUACGUGGAAGGUACAAAGAAAGUGCACAAUCAUUUGGACGUCUCGGCGCUGACGACGCAACUGCUUGAAAGCCAAACGCAAUUGCCGGUGUGCCGCUACGAAAUUCUCAACGAGGCCGGCGGAAGCCCAAUAAAAUACGCGCGAAUCGGCGACAUGGUCUACCAUAAAUGGACAUGUGUUGCCGAAAUCGAAGAUAUUUAUUGCAUGAAAGUCCAUUCGUGUACCGUAUACGACGGCCAAGGUGGUCCACCGGUGACCGUCAUCGACAUCAAUGGGUGUUCCGUUGAUGGCGUCAUUCUUCAAAAUUUGGAAUACAUCAAUGAUUUGACUGCGGGCAGAUCGGCGCCGGUGUUCAAGUUCGCCGACAAGGCGGGCUUGUAUUUCAAUUGUCAAAUACAGUUAACAAUCAAGGACAAAAACUACGGGUGUUCGACAACACAACCCCAAUGCCCAUUAUCUCAAUAUGCUGUCGAGCCGGCAUCGAAAACAACUGAGGUUUCGGGAGAUUACAGUGGCGAUGGUCACGAGUCGGGCUAUCCGACAAGACCGGCGAACUAUAUGGCACAAUCGAGUACUCGUGGAUAUCCAUCACCGGUGACACAGUCACCCGCGCAUUAUCCAAGCUCGCCGGCACCACCACCGUCGGGAAUUAAUCCCUACUCUCAACCUGAACCGAUUUAUCCGCAAGGAGAUUCUUAUGGAAGGCCUAUCAUCAAAGCGGCUCCGGUACCUGACAAUUCUUACGACGCCGCGUACAAUGAUACAGAGCAGCCGUUCACCACUUCAGCCGCUUACACCGAUGAUGGUGUCUAUGGAAGACUGAUCAAGAGAAAUGCUCGAGAGGACGGUAAGAAGGGUCCAGUAACGGUAGCAGAUCUCGAUCUGCCCGAGCGCGGAAUUUUGGUAUUCGGGCUCGAAGAGCUGGAAGACGGCGAUUCGGAAAGCGGAAUUGGCAAUAGUGCGGCAAAGGCGAUUCGUGAUAUUCGAAGUCAGGAAAAAACAUGCUUCAGCACAAGUCGCCUUUAUUUCACCCUCCUUCUAAUGUGCCUUCUAUUCCUUGCCACCGUCGCCGCCUUCAUCGUCAUCGUGCACAAGCAGCGUCAAAUUCUUUCGCGUACCGCGUUUUUCAAUGCUUAA